CUCGCGAAAGCCACAUCAGUCAACCCGGAAUAAGACAAGCAUCACAUCGUGCUCACCAUCACAUGCAAUAUUCGCACAACUGCUCACCCAACUGCUCAUCCAACUUCUCGCUGAUGAAGUAAAGUUCUACUCCGCAAGACGAAAGGCCUGGGAAGACUUGACCGAGAGUCGACAUUGAAUCUGGAACCAUCCGACCCCUCUCCAUCCAAGCCAGAAGCUCAACUCCGAGCUCAUCGAGCCACAAUGCUGGAAAAUGGAAUUGAGGACCGGCGUUCUUCGUCAUGGGCCAUCAUAUCAAGUUUACCAUGGUUGGAUCCCCAAGUUGAUCUAUAUAAUGGCCCUUGAAGUAUGGACAAAUUCGAGAGGUCAAGACAUCAGUGUCUCCCGAAGUCAUCGACAUUUCCAGCUUUGUUUCUAUAACCACAUCACGCAAAACACCAGCAUUUUGUCCUUCAUCAAUUUUCUACGCAAGUCCCCCAAGCCCCCCACCAAAAUGCGCGGAAAGGUCACCAUCGAGGAAGCCUUCGAGAUCCCGUCCGAGGCAGAUCAGAGCCGCGACCAGGCGGCAAUCUACGUAGCGCCGGACGACCUGGAGCGCUACCUGCGGCAGAUCAAGUCGAUCACGGGGGAGCGGCUGAAGAUCUCAGAGGACAACGGGAUCGGGUACACGGUGCUGUCGCUGACGGUGCCGGGAAUCCAGGGGAUCCGGGAGCGGCAGAAGGCGGAGUCGCACGCGCGCGAGGUGAACAACUACAUCGCGGACAAGAUCAAGGACCACCGCGACCGGCUGGGCGCCUUCGCGGCGCUGUCGAUGCACGACCCGGCGCAGGCGGGCAAGGAGCUGCGGCGCUGCGUGAAGGAGCUGGGCUUCCACGGGGCCCUGCUGAACGACGUGCAGCACACCAACCAGCGCGGCCGCUGCCUGUACUACGACCAGCCCGAGUACGACGAGUUCUGGCGCGUGGCCGUCGAGCUCGACGUGCCCAUCUACCUGCACCCGGCCGCGCCCACGGGGGACAACUACAAGGAGCACUACGAGAACCGCAAGUACCUGGUCGGCCCGCCGCAGAGCUUCUGCAACGCGGUCGGCCGCCACGUCAUGGGCCUCAUCACCAACGGCGUCUUCGACCGCUUCCCCAACCUCAAGCUGAUCCUCGGCCACCUCGGCGAGCGCAUCCCCUUCGACUUCUGGCGCGCCAACCACUGGAUCAACGACGUCGAGCGGCCCCUCGCCAAGAAGAACGGUGACACCAUGUGCGAGCGCGACGUCCUCCACUACUUCAAGAACAACAUCUACGUCACCACCAGCGGCCAUUUUAGUACCAACACCCUGCGCUUCGUCGCGGAGGAGAUCGGCGUCGACCGCAUCAUGUUCAGCGUCGACUAUCCCUACGAGAGGCUGGAGAACGGCUGCGGAUGGUUCGACAACAACUCCGACGAGCUCAAGAAGAUCCUCGGUGGCCGCGACGGCUAUCUGCGUGUCGGCAGGGACAACGCCAAGAACGUCCUCAAGCUCUCCAAGUUCAAGGACUCCGACGCCCCCGUCUGAUCUGGAUGGCUUUUCGGGAACUAUCAUCAACUGAUUUGCCUGGUUGCUAUCGCUUCGCUCGAUUCUGUUUCGUUUGUUAGUCGUAGGCUGAAAAUUGCGUGGAACAUGCGCCGAAUCAGGCGUGGGGGCGGAUUUGCUAAGACUGUGAACACUCCUUACUUAGGUAACUCAUCUAGUAAGUAGGAACAAUGCAUUGACUGUUUGCUUGCCUGC